AUGCAAAGGGUUGUCGACUUUGCUCGUCCAGGUGUCGCUUUUACAACCGUACAGCAUGCUUUUCGACGAGUUACACAUCCUAUGCAAUUAAAGCGAUUUCGAGAAUAUGUUGCAAAUAACGGAAACCGUCGGCAAAAAUUGGAGCGUGUAGAGCAUUUUGAACUUGAUAGAUUUCGCUAUGCUCGUAAUAACAAUUUACCUGUGCACGAUCUUGACGUGAAGCGAUGGGCUCUAUCCCAAGCAAAAAUAGAAAAUAUAGAUGACUUUAAAGCAAGUGACUAUUGGCUUCUCAAUUUCAAAAAACGCAACGGUAUAUCUUCCAGAAAAGUGACAAAAUUCGUUUCUCAUCGGGAAGUUGUUGAUAAAUCUAUAAUUAAACAGACUGCUGAUGAUUUUGUUGCUGAAGCAACCAAACAUAUACCAAAAUAUUAG